AAUACAAUUAAAGCACAUACAAAAAUGAAGAGAGUUGCCGCUUCUUGUUUGCUUGUGGUGGUGGCGAUGGCGGCCGAUGCCGCGGCACAGAGCGCCACCAACGUGAGGGCAACGUAUAAUAAUUACAACCCUCAAAAUAUUGAUUGGGAUUAUAAUACGGCGAGCGUCUUCUGCGCCACCUGGGAUGCCGACAAGCCACUUGAAUGGCGACAAAAGUAUGGAUGGACUGCCUUUUGUGGGCCUGUCGGCCCAACAGGCCAGGAUUCUUGUGGCAGAUGUUUGGCGGUUACUAAUACUGCCACCAAUGAUCAAGUAACGGUGAGGAUCGUUGAUCAGUGUUCAAAUGGAGGGCUGGAUUUGGACGUCAAUGUAUUUGAUCAACUGGACACAGAUGGACAAGGGGUUGCUCAGGGCUACCUCAUAGUCAACUACGAUUUUGUUGACUGUAAUGACUAAAAUUUCAUUGCAAUGAAUAUUUAUUUUUAGUGUAAUAAACAAAAAUUAUGAUAUAAUAAAUUAAAGCUUCUUUAGCAGAUGUAAGCAUAUAUU